ACCAAGUCGCUUCCUAGUGACGGUCCCAAAACAUCUUUCCAGCUAUGGUCAUAUGGCCUUGAAUGUCCUUUUACGACUGUGCCUUACAUUGAAGUAUAUUCAGGCUUACUAUGAUCUGCGAGGCACGGGACAGGCAAAAUUUGGACAAAGGAUGUUCUUUGGGUCUCCAAUAGUGAAAUUUCCGGCCGAACAUCAAAGGGAGCUUCUGAAGGCCUUUAAUACUAUAGCCUCGAGGUCAACGCACGACUUCCUCAUUUCCCCAGAGCUCUAACGUUUCUUUCCCAUUACCAGGACAAUCGAUUCCAGCUCUGUUUGUAUUUUAGCGUAAGUACUCGUACUCGUACUCGUCCUCACCCUGCAUUGAAUCUGCUCCCACAUCGCAUUGCUCUACCCUCCAACAAAAGAUGCCUGACGUAACACUAAUCAAUGACCUUGACCAAGACAUACACAUUGCUUUCUUGGUAGGCGUCCCUGCUAAUUGGAAAAGUACCUCAAACCCGGAGAACGCUGGAGAACGCACCUGGCGAGUCUCCCGCUUCACUUCGAAGCGCGUAGUGUGCAGAGUCACGAGUUCAGCCAUAACGAGUCCUGGGAGAUGUUUGCAACCAUCGGAGGCGCUUGCGCUGCUGGUACUGCUUCAGUAGUAUCAGCAGGUGCUUUACUUGCUGGCGACAUGAUUGC